UUUAUUAUUACGAAUGAACGCGAUUAGUUGUUCACAAUUUGAGGGUAAGUUUAAAAAUGGCUAGCGAUUUGUCGAGUGAGUGUACGGAAACAAUUGGUGUGAUAGAUGAGAAAGAAGAAGGUGAAAUAUCCUUGGAGGAUGUAAGUUCUUCCGAGGAAGGACAUUUAAAUUACGGAUAUGGUACUAAAAUUUCUCAGUGUUCGAACUGUCUGUCGAGCCAACACAAUGCAACGUGGUGUACCGCUCCUACAAAGUUUUAUCCUUCCAAGGGCUAUAAUAGGAGAGUAGAAGUUGACCUUAUUCUACAAGAUGCAGUCCAGGGAAAAGAAAACCGUCAUCAAAUAAAAGAAUCAGGAUGCAUUGGAACAAAACAUGCAACUUCUACACUUCAAGAAAAAAACGAUGAUCUUGUGCCUAUUUCAAGUGACAGUGACAUGGAAAUUGUUGGUCUUGCAGAUAAUUCUAAACAAAUUGUAAUACGUACUUCUUCAAAAAGUAGAGUGAAAAAAAAGAGAAAAAAGAAAAGGAAUCAUACAAGUGUGUUGUCAAUAAAUGAUCUAGUUUCUUCAUCUACUGUGGAUAUAUCUAUGAAAGAAUGUGGUAAUGCGGUAAAACAUGAUGUGACAAAAAAUACUUCUAGAUCGCAUCAUAGAGAGAUUAGUCCUAAUCGUAGAAAUAGUAGAUCGAGAGUAAUUCCAAGAUCACCACCUAAAAGACAUAGAUCUCUGAUGAAAACAAGGUCUCCUUUUAGAAGAUCAAAAUCCCCAAUCAUCCGUGCUAGAUCACCAUACAGAUCUUCAACAAAGACAAUGUCUAGAAAAACAUCGCAUACUGAGCUAAUGUCAUCUCAUAAUUAUGUUGAUACACAUAAAUUACUAAAAAAAGUCAGGCAAUUGGAUUCAAUGGGAACUCAUUCAUUAGAAGAAACUUUAAAUAAAAAUAAGGAACAUGCAUCCUCUUUAAAAGAAAAAUUAAUAAACAUGGUAAAGGGUAUUUCUGAUAAUAAUGAUGUCACAAAUAUUUCAAAAGAAAAAUCUACUAUGCAAGCGAGUAAAAAAGAAUCUAAUGAUGCAGAUGAUGAAGAAGAUUUAGCAUUAUUGAGACAAAAGGCCUUGGAAACAAAGCAAAAUAAAUCAAAUAAACAGAAUGAUCAACCAAAGAUUGCAAAAAAUGUGACUGCAGAUAUAAAUGAUGAUCAAGAUAAAGAAGAUUUAGAAUUGAGAAUGAUUGCACUUCGAUCUGCUGUAUUAAAGAAACAUCAGAAUAGAAUUCAAAAGGGUAUAAAAUCAGGAAAGAGUAAGAAAUCUAAUACCUUCCGUAGUGAAAGUCCAUUCACUCAAAGCUUUUUAGACAGUAUCCCUAUACCAGGAGAAGAAUUAUUAAAUUUUGCAUCACCACCUCAUACUCCGCUUCCUGUAAAUGAAAGUAAUCAUACCGAAGAUAUGGAAUUAGAUACAGAUGUUGAAAGAGAAAAAGAAAAAUUACCAUACUCUCCAACAGACAAAAUUACUGCAGAUAUAUCUAUAGACACAGAGUUAUUAGGUAUUCAACCAUCUGAUGUAUCAUUUAUCAGUCUUAAUGAAGCAAAUAACAGUCCAAAUUUUAAUGCAUCUAUAACAACUAACCAAGAUGAUCAAAAAUCUUAUCAGGGGAAAAUCAUUGAAAAUCGAAGUUAUUUGCCAAAUAUUGUAUACUAUUUACCAUCACAAAGUCCGUUAUGUACUUCAAAUGCAAAUAUGCAAUAUUUACCAAACAAUACAGAAACUUCUAAAUCAGAUUUUAUGAAAGUACAUAAUUCUCAUUUAAAUGUUCAUCCUUAUGAAAAUACGUGCAAUACUGUUAAAAGUAAUAAUACUUCUGAACUUUUAGAUGUUAAUUCAAGUCAAGAAAUGCCUUAUUCACCAACUGAUACUCCUAUAUAUGAUCCUGACUUAUCACAUGCUCUUCCACAAACUCUUGGUCCACUGGGUACUUCAAAUUCCUCCUUAGUUUCUUUAGAAUCAUAUGCUUUUAAUACACAUGGAAAUAAUGAACAAUGUAAUAAUACAACAACUCAACAUGUAGCAACUAUAAAACAAACAAACAAUAUAAAUGAAGAUGAACAACAAACUAAAACAGUAACAACUCCAAAGGAUGCAAUUGUUGGUUCCACUACUUCUCUUAUGGAAUCAGUAUCACCAAGUAGUUCAAUGGUAACGAUUGAUGAUCUGCCUGAUAAUGAAACAGACAUAAAUUCAACUGAUACUUCUAGAAACAUAAAAUCUACAGAAUACAUUCCAAAUGAUUUAUCAAACAAUAUUAAAGAAAAAAUAUCAGAACCACUUUAUAUGAAGGGAUUACCAGAUGUUACCAAAGAUACAAAUAAAAUACCAACAUUAAUUAAUAGAACACUUGUUCCAGCACCAAUUUUAAAAACAAAUAAACAGUUGCAAUUACCUUUACCUACCAGAAAGUGUACAACACAGCAAGAGCCUACAUUCAAAAGUGCAAAAAUGCAGCCAGUUAUGAUUGAUGAAGAAACUAGUACAAAGACAAAUGCUUCCUUUAAACCAAUAAAAUUAAUGUCCAUCCCACAAAAGUCUCAUUCUGUUUUAGCAAUACCAAUUGCAUUUCAUGAUUCUUUACAUGAAGAUACAACUAAUGAAACAUCUGCAAAUAAAACUGAUACCUCACUAGUAGAAAGUAGUCCUAGUGUAGCUCUGGUACAAAAUAAUACAACUACUACAAGUUCAAAUAAAACUAGUGAUAUUAAAACUCCAACACAAAAGAAAAAGAAACUUGUAAAGAAAGGGAUAAAAAGGAAAAAUACCAACACAGCAGCUUUGAUUACAAAAAAGCAUAAUACAUCACGUACAAAAAAUGAUAAUAUAAAUCCUAUAGAUACGCAAAUACAUAAGUCAGAUCAAGUUCUUCAUACAGAUGAUAAAAAAGAUCAAAAUGAAAUUCAAACACAGGGAGAUUCAACAGACAGUAACAGUAUACCUGAACUAAAAACUUCAAAAGACAUUGUUGAUGAAAAAAAUGAAAUUUCUUUGGGUACUAGCAAAGAAGAAAUACAGAGUAAUAAUAAUUCAUCUGAUGCAUCAGAACAAGUAAAGUCUAAAGAAGAUAGAAGACAAAGUGUUGAUGAAGACGAAGAAGCAUUAAGAGCAAUUUUAUUAGCAUCUUUGCCAAAACGAACAAAAAUGACUAGUAAUUGCACUAAUUCACCUGCAAUUACAGCAGUAUCUACUACAUUAAAUCAAGUAAUUGUGAAUCAAACUGUUUCAAAUGAUGUUAAUACAGGUAAUACAACUAAUAUAACAAACACUGAUGGUACAACAUCUUUACCACUUCCACACAUAAAUUCAUACGGUUCUGAAAAUGAUAAAAAUCAGUCAAAUGCUGGGGAGAAAAUAAAUAAUCUUGCACAAAAAUAUGUAUCUACUGAGAGUGUUAAAGCAUUAAAUACAACUGUGGGAAGGAAAAGAUCAAUACCUAUAACAAAAGGUCCACAGAAGAAGCUUAUAAAAAGAGUUUCAAUUCCUGCAAGUACAAAAGUUGUAAACAAUGCAAAAAAAUAUCAAAACACAAUGAUUCAAAAAAGAUUAAAUUUACAAAAGGCUACUCUCUAUAACAAACAAAAAAUGGCAGAAAACAAAAUUUUAUCAAAGAUGCAGUGUAAUGACAGUAAAUGGUCUGUUAAUGCAAAGGCAUUGUCUGACACUCAAAGAAUCGUUAUAAAUUUAGAGUCUGAUACAGAAAGUGAUUCUGAAUCUGAAUGGCAAAAGAAAAUAACUAUUCCUUCAGCUCAUUCUCUUAUAACAGAAAAGCAGCAAUCAACAGUAAACUCUACAGCAGAAUUUGAGAAAAAUUUAGAUCAAUUUUUACGCGCGGUACGGAAAAAACAAGAAUCUAUGGCAGCUGCAAGACCAACCUCAGUAUCACAAGCACUUAAAAAAGAUUCGGUAUUAACGACAAAACCAGAAAAAUUAAAUUCAUCCAAUCUUCACACACCAUUGGCUGUGCGUCAUUUACCCGCAUCUCAACAAGAGGAAUAUCGUCGAUUGAAGCAACAAAUUUUGGAACGCGAGAAACUGAAGCUGCAUAGAACUAUAGAAAAUAACAAUUUAGCAAAAAACAAAAAUGUAGAAGUAUCUUCAAAAUCCACACUGUCUAAUAAUUCAAAUAAAGAGCUACCUGUAAAAGUAAAUCAAACAAUACCUACAAAAAGUCAAAACAUAAAUACACAGCUAAACAAGGAAAAUUGUUCUAAAAAUUUGGUUGAUGCAAAAAAUACAACUAUAUCAACAAGCAGUGCUCAGUCAUGUAUUAAUAAAACGUGUAAUGUUGAUAAACAAGAAAAUAUAAAUUCAAAUCAAACAAAAACGACAUCAAUAAUAGCUAAUAAUAUUUGUGUAUCUACGGAAAGCAAUCCAAAUAAUAUUGGAAAUGAAACUCUUGAAAACACAAUGUUACCGAUAAAUACAUCGCAAAAAAAUGUUGAGACGUCUACGCAUAAAAUUCAGGCGAAAACGAAAGCUUCACCUAGCUUAAAAAUUUUAUCCACGGAUGAGGUGAAUCGAAAAUAUGUACAAGUACAAGUAAAAAAUGAUACAAAUGAACGUGUAGUAACAAUAAAUAAUAAAGUGAUCUUAAAUAAGAAAAUAGUAAUUAAUCGAAAUGAAAAUAUUUCUGGAAGUAAAGAUAGUAAUAAUAAAGAUAUAUGUGAUUAUGAUAUGAAUCAACUUAUACAUUUUAUGGAGGGAGACAUUAUUACUAAUGAUACUCCAUCUGGUGAUAAUGAUGUAGUGGACUCAGAUGCGUCAACUAUUAUUUUAUCACAAAGACCUCAAGAAAGAAAAACAAGUCUUGACGCAUCUGAAUCUACAAUUUCAGAAUAUCAGGAAGAUACAUCACUGAAUUCAAACACAGAAAAUAAGCAUGACGAUUAUUUUCUAUUAUUUAAAAAUAAUUCAUCAUCAAAGGAUACAAGAAGUAUAAAAGAAAAUUGGGAAGUAAUAAAGAAAGAUGUUAAAACAGAGUUAAAUACACUUAUAACUCUUCCACACACAGAACAAGAACAACGUUUAAUUGAUAUGGAACAAGAACUAGUUAUGAAACGCUACACAAUAUUAGAUGAUUUGGCGGAAAUGUCUACUAAUCUUCGUCAAUGGCACAUGGAACGAGAUUUACAAACAAAUUUAGUUGCUGAAGUAAAAAAGCUUAGAGAACAACUAAAAGUUGCUGAAGAGAGAUUACAAAUGCAACAGAACCGUAUUAAUAAUAUAGGUCCAAAGGUAGUAGCAGCACAUGGGAAAAUUAACGCAGGUCGGCAAGAAUGCUUUAAACUUGCAACUAUUUGUUCAACUUUGGGAAAUAGGAUCGUAGGAAAAGAAUACAAGGUACCUGAAGCUGGAGCACAACUUCUAGAUAAUAGGUUGAAAGAGGUAGCUAAUCACACACGGCAACUUUCUCGCAAAAAAGUACCAUCUAUCAACAUUCCGGAAAUUUGCGAAUUUUCAAGAUUGGAAAAAGACACAGUAUCUACUGCAAGUACAGAAACUUCACAAAGUGAAGACCUGUCAUUGGAACAGUCCAAUAUUGAUAAAACGGUUUUAAAUGAGAAUGAUUCUUUGAUAAAAUCAAAUGAAAAUGAAAGACCUGUACAAAUAGAAGUCGCUACAGAAAAUGUAAAUGUAGCGAGCAAAGAAAAAGAUAUAGUAUUAAAUAAUUCUACUCUAACUACUGAUGAAGAAAAUACAUCUAAACAAAAUGAUACUGAACAAGUAUUGACCGAACAUUUAAAUGAUACUUCUAUCCCUGUCACUGAUGUCCUUAACUCAGAGGUUGCACAAAAAGUAGAUAAUAAAGUAUCAGAAAAUAACAUGAUAAAACCUACAACUUUAGAACCAGGCAAUGAGAAGAGGAAUUCUACAAGACUUGAAGGAGAGCUCCAAAUGAAGAAGACAUUAUCUUAUGAAUCAAUAUUAACACACUUCAAAGUACCAAGGAACACGAAUCCCAAUGGCGUCCUUUGUCCGUACGAACUGAUGGGAACAUGCAGUGAUGGAGAUUGUCAAUUUAUUCAUCAAAUAGAGAGUCAGACCAAGUAGCAUUUAGCUACCAAAUUGGCAUUGUUAAGUUAUACGUGCUACUAUUUCUGAGGAAGCAAUAUCCCAUUUAGAUGGAAGAAUGCUGUUAACAAGCAGAAGUAACAUCU